AUGCAGAUUAACCAUCCAGGACGACAGUCGCCUCUCGGCGCAGGCUCACGCGGUUUCUUCGAGAAGAACAUUGCCCCGAGUGCCAUUCCGCUUAACCUGGGACCUGGGCUGCUAGCUCGCUUUUCCAGCUCGUUUGUGUUCGGUACUCCACGCCAUAUGACCCAGGCAGAUAUAGACUUGGUAAUCAAGCAGUUCGUGGAGUGCAGUCGUCUUGCCUAUGAAGCAGGUCUUCAAGGCGUAGAGAUCCACGCUGCUCAUGGAUAUCUUCUAGCCCAAUUUCUAUCCGCAGACUCAAACCAUCGCACCGAUCGUUAUGGAGGUUCAGUAGAAAACCGUGCGAGACUUAUCAUUGAGAUUAUUUGUGCCGUUCGGAAUGCAGUCCCUGCCUCUUUCUGCGUUGGCGUGAAGCUGAACUCUGUCGACCACCAGUCGCGCAAGGCCCUUGCCGCUUGCGUGAUUCAGCUGAAGAUGAUCGUUGGGACUGGGAUAGACUUUGUCGAAAUCAGCGGUGGGACGUAUGAAGACCCCCAGAUGAUGCAAGCUGCUGUCCAGCCUCAGGGGGAAAAGUCUUCGCAUACUCUUGCGCGUGAAGCUUUCUUUUUGGAAUUUGCAAGCGUUAUCCGCAACGAAGUACCCAAUAUCUCGCUGCUGCUGACUGGAGGUUUCCGCACCAGAAAGGGAAUCGCCGGUGCCAUCAAGGAUGAUGCGUGUGACAUGGCUGGAAUCGCACGACCGGCAGCACUCCAGCCCUCUUUACCCAAUAGUGUCAUUCUGAAUGGAAAGGUACCCGAUGAGGAGGCGCGGUUUAUUGGCAAUCCCUUCUCCCCUUCAUGGCUUGUGAAGAUCUCCGGGCAGCGUGCGGGUGCCGAGUUUAAAUGGUACAGUGAGCAGAUUCAGGAAAGAGGACGUCAAAGGCAAGUAUAG